AUGCUAGAGGUGAUCCAAACAAUGACCUGGCCAGUUGCUGCUGGACCUCAAGCUGCCCAGAAUAAAUCCGGUGUAACCGAUGUGGACAAGAAGGCAUAUGAAGACUUGAUUUGGAUGGGUGGUGAAGCUCCUGAAGGAUGA